AUGAAUCAGCAGCUGCGGGCCGGGCCGCCGGGCCCUGGCGCGGACCCCCGGGCGCCUCACUCGACCCCACCCUUUCCUCCCGCCGUCCGGGGAAGGCGCGGCGGCGGGAGGGCAAACUGCGCAUGCGCAACCCGCGCGCCGUUGUCCCUGGCAACACUGGCUGCGCCAGCCCCAGUCGGCGUCUCACGGGCCGGGCCUGGGCGUUCGGCCAGAGCGCCAGGUCCCCACCCCCAGCCCCCGGCGUCCUGCAGCCCAAGCGCGCCUCGUCUGGCUCCUGCGCCCGCCCUCCAGGGCCUCUGCCCAAGCUCGCAGACGGCGGCGGCGUUCUCCAGCUCGAGUGCCCGGGCUAGGGCAGGUUCUGCGUGCGCCCCCUCGAGUGGUGGCGGCGCUGGCCUGGGCCCUGCCACGCGGAGGCGCUCUUGCGUCAGGACGGCGCCGCCGGGGUCCCGCGAUUCCAAGUCGGGGGUCCCAGAGAAGCGCGGGGCGGGAACGGCCCAGCUCCCAGCAGCGAGGGGCGAUCCCCCCCACCCCGCAGCAGACCCGGAGCUGCCCGGGCCCCUCCUGCGCCACGUGUGCCCAGAGCUCCGCCCGGGGAAGACUUCGCUGCUUGUUGGAGAUGCCCAGCGGCAGGGGUCGAGGACUCAGGAGGAAGGGAAACGGGGGAUCCCGUGUCUGGACUUCCUCCUCCACCCUCUUCCCUUCGCAGCUGUAAAGCCGGGGAGGGGAAGGGUGGCCGCCCCGCCAGCAGAGAGCCCAAGGUGUUCCAUGGUCAGUGAGGGCCAGCACUGGCUCUGCAUGAAGAUCUCACCUCCCCGGUGGCUCCUGGCCAGCUCCCCACAGACAGCCUGGGGCACUUGUCCCUGGAAACGGUGGUGCAGCCAUGCUUGGGCCAAAGCCCAUGAGGCCACCAGAACCACAAAAGGCUACUCUACUGAGAGGGGUACUGUGAGAGAGGCCCACGGGUUUCCAAGCAUCCCUCUCACUCCCACGUAGUCGUCUCCAUGACCAGCUUUAAGUGCCACCUUGAGGCCUGACUCCCUGAUUGGACUUUGCUGCACCUCCAGGAGCUCACUUCCCAUCACAGCCGGACGCCUCCCUCCCGCAGGCACCUCCCCAGCAUCCUCCUGCCCCAGGCUACACCUUCUGUGGGACUGACCUUAAGACCCUGUUGGUUCCUCCUGAGAGCAGCAGGUCUCAACCAGAUGCUGCCGGGAGGCAGGUGCUAGCGUCCACACCCAGACAUGGGUCCAGUCCAGCCCUGCUCUUCCUGGUCUCCAGGCAGGGCCCUCCCAGGGUGGGCAUUUCCCAUCUCUGCCUGGCCAGGGGCUGUUCUGGAGCCUGAGCCUGUCCUGCACAAGUACCAUGGACAGGGGUCAGCCGGGCACUGAAGAGGAGUGGCAGAAUGGGCAGGGCAAGGGCCCCAGCUGGUAAGCAGGAGUCAGGGCAAUUCCAACCAAGAAACGGUGGCAAGCCAGCUGCGGUGUCUCACGC